UCCUUAUUAUUUUCUUACACGCUUUGAGAUAUACUUUGCCGCGUGCCUCCGACCUCCCCUUUACAAGUAGACUGGAUCGCCGUUAAAAUCAUGGGCAGCAUUUCCCCCUUCGAUGUCCCUUUCGACGAACUUCCCAACCCCAAACAGGUGUGGGUGGGAAAGCCUGGUAGUUAUGAAGAAGGGCUUGGGAAGCUAGCCAUCCUGACCCCCGAGGUGGUGGCUAAGGCCGCUUCGACCGAAAUCAAAACUGGUCGAAGAGUCACGAUGGGAUGGGAUUUAACAAAGUUGAACUAUCCUAACCUAAACCGUCAGCCAUGUCAGCACAAGAUUGUCCCACUUCUGGGCGGAGUGGCCUAUGAUGAUAUCUACACAAUGAAUCCUCAACAAAGUAGUCAGUGGGAUGGACUGCGACACUUCUCUCAAACUGUCCCUGGCCAGACCGAGCGUGUGUUCUACGGCGGCGUGACAGCUGAGGAGAUCAAUGACCGUAGCAACGAUCGGAUUGGUAUGCAACACUGGGCACGGGAAGGUAUUGCAGGUCGCGGGGUCUUGAUUGACUACGCCGCAUGGGCUGAGAAGAAGGGAAUCACGUACAGCACCUUUUCCACUCAUCAGGUGCGACUAUCAGACAUCCUGGAAAUUGCGAAGGAAUGCAACAUCACUUUCCAGAAGGGCGAUAUCCUGUUUGUUCGUGUGGGAGUAACUAGGGAAUGGGACACUGUGAUGACGGAUGAGCAAAAGAAGCAAUACUCUGACAACCCGAGCCCGGAACAUGCUGGAGUCGAAGCCACAACAGAUAUGCUCCGGUGGCUUUGGGACUCGGGAUUUGCAGCGAUUGCUAGCGACACUAUUAGCUGGGAGGUCUACCCGCCCCAGUCUGAUGUGUUCCUGCAUGAGUAUGUACUCGCAGGAUGGGGAAUGCCAAUCGGCGAGCUCUUUGACCUCGAAGCAUUGGCACGCACCUGCCAGGAUCUUCAACGAUGGAGCUUCUUUGUGGCAUCGGUCCCGUUGAACAUGCCCGGUGGCGUGUCAUCGCCACCGAACAUCAUGGCUCUCUUCUAGAUGCAUCACCUCUGAGAUCGGGUCUAGGAGCCACAAAAGUACCAUCUGCAACAAUCCUGGAUCGUGCAUUUCUAGCGCAUCUUAGUACGGAGAAUUAAUAGCACGUAUUAUAGCCACGACCACCAAGAACGACAAAGAACAAAAUAGAGGAAAAGAAUCAGCAUUCAAAGGUCCGCGGGGGCAAGGAAAUCAAUGGCCUGCUACAUAUUUCUCAUAGUGCAUUACCACUGGCCCAAGUCCCACGCACC